AGAAGAAAAAAAAAAAAAAAAAAAACUAAAUUCGGGGCAGAGCUUGAAACAAAAGUCGAGGAUUCUUUGAAUUUCCAUUCCUCUACCAUCUUGAAUUUCUUGUUUCGAUCCAGGCUUAUUGCUUGAGUGUAGAAGAUAGAGAGGUUUGUUAAACACACCGUUCGUCGUAAACAUUUGCAAAGCAUUUUCCAACACCGGGCUAUUGACAACUGUGUUCGAGUAGUGUUAUCGUAACUCACUCUCUACUCUCUACUCUCUACUCUCUAGUCGGCGCCGCCUCUGUCAAACUGCCAAGUGCCAACCACCUCUCCUUCUCUGCUGCUCAUAUUCUCGACGGUUUGUUUGUUUUGGCGUUGUUCAUAACGGACGAAAAUGGCGGCUUCAGGGUCAGAUACUGCAGAUUCUUCAUCAUCUCAUGAUAAUACAGAAAAUAAUCUUCAGCCAUUCUUUGUUCUUCACAGAGAUUGUUCUUCCCCUCUCUCUUCGUCGCGGCCGAAAUCCAGGCGGAAGUUAAAUGAAGAAGCUCUGCAUGAGUUUGACGAUCAUUAUCUCACUAAUCUGAGAAUUAGUGCUUUUCAUUCCGUGUGGUCCAAUAUUGAGACUACCAUUAAGGGUGUCCUCAGAGACAUCAAUUUAAGCAUAUUCAAUGAAGUGGAUUCCUGGGUUCACCAGUCAUUUAGAGCGGUGAGAUCUUGUGGGGAACCAGGCUUUGCUGAAGCCACUCAUCCAUAUCCUAUAGCUCUUGAUGCCUUGUCGAAACAAAUCUUUACUGGGUUUGUAUAUACUAAAAACAUGGAGUUUGUUGAUGAUCAACUUACCUUUGAAGAACUUGGCAAUCACUUGAAGUCUAGCGGCUGCCAUGUAGCUAACAUGUCGUCACUGGACUUCUCAGCUAAGAAUGGGAUUGGUGGUUGUUUGACUCGCUUAUUGAGAAAGUUUCUGAAGGUUACGCUGGAUGAUGCUGAUAUGUCCAUUCUGGCAUCAUGGUACUGUGGGCAUAUGGAGUGUACACCAGUGGUCUUAAUCAUUGAGGAUAUGGAGAGAUGCUGUGCUUCUGUCUUGUCCAACUUCAUUCUGAUGUUAAGCAAGUGGGUGGUUAAAAUUCCAGUCAUCCUAUUAAUGGGGGUUGCAACAACGUUUGAUGCGCCAGGAAAUAUGCUGUCUUCAAACGCACUGUUGUGUCUGCGUACUUGUAAAUUUGUCUUGGGAUCUCCCACUCAAAGAAUGGAUGCUAUUGCUGAAGCUGUUCUCUUAAGACCUUGUUCAUGGUUCAGUGUUGGCCAUAAGGUGGCUCUUUUCAUGAGAGACUAUUUUCUGAAACAUGAUGGAACAUUGACUUCUUUUAUCAGAGCCUUAAAGAUUGCUUGUAUGGAGCAUUUCUCCUCUGAGGCUCUAAGCUUCCUGCUAAAAGACAUAGAUGCUGAAGAUGAUUUUCAGGAAAUAUGGAAAGAGAAACAUGCUUUUAUUCAGGACAUGGUGUUGAAAUAUUCUUCAGAACUUCUUUCUUGCAGAAGUGACAAUGUUGGUGCGCCAACCAGUGAAAACUUGGUCCAAGCUAUUGGAGAGCUCAAGAGACUCCACCAACGCUGGGCCACAGUAGUCAAGUGCUUACAAGAAGCUGGAAAGCUCCAAAGAGUGCGGCUGUUAGAUUUGUAUAGUGAAGCCCUUGAUCCUGAUGUACAUAGAUCCAUGAUUUCUGAUAACCAAGGGGAGUCUUCUUCAAGGAAUGGGUCUUUUUCUAGUCAACACGGUGGGUUUUCCAAAAGAACUUCCACAUUCAAAGCCGUGCAUAAGGUAAGGGAUCUUCCAUCAGCAGCAUUGUCUGAAUUGCUUAAUAGCUGGGAGAGACAUGCGGUUGACAUAUGUGAGAUUCGCGAUAAAGUCAAGGAGUUGCAAGUAUUGAUGAAUUCUGAGGAUACCAAGAGUUCAGGAAAUGAUUUGGUGAACGUUUCUAUGAGGUCCCGAGGGACAGAUGCACCUAAAGAUCCAAAAGUAUUGAACAAGAAAGCUGUUGCAUUGAUUGAAUGGAUGCUACAGGAUCAGAUGAAGCCCAUUGAGAGUUUUCCCUUCCAUGAAAUCUUGUGCUUUAAGACAGUUGAAAAGCUUCAAACAGCCUUACUGGGAGAUCCUAGGAAAAGAAUUCAAGCUGAUCUGCUGGGGUUCCAGAAGUACCUGCACUGCAACUGCUGCAGCACCAGGGGAAGCAGAUUGCUGCCAUCUCUUCAUGACACUUCAAUUUUGUAUAUUCUGGCGCAAGAGCACGGAGAUAUCAUUAAUGUUCAUGAUUGGUUCCAAUCUUUCAAGGCAAUUCAUGUAAAUCCACCUACCAAAUCUAGGAGUAAGUCAAAGCAUUCUUCAACACCUAAGAAAAAGAAGGAUAUUGAACAUUUCAAUAACCACAGUGAAGCAGCGAUUCAAGCACGUUUUUGCAAGGCUAUAUCAGAGCUCCAGGUCACUGGACUACUGCGGAUGCCUACGAAAAGGCGCCCAGAUUUUGUGCAGAGAGUGGCCUUUGGAUUGUAACAAGAAUCAUGAAGGCUUUACUUUUUUUUUAUUGUGCCUUAUCUGAAAACUGUGACAAGAAUUGCGCAUUUGUAGCCUAUUCAUCGAUGCUUCAUUAAGAGAAAGAGAUAUCCGAAGAAAGUCGUGGCUACAUUAAAGUGAAAGCCUGCCUAAUUGUUGGAAGGCUGGAACUAUAUUGGUUCAGCUUAUAUAUGGUGUGUAAUUGUGUAUGAAGAUGUGUGUAUGUGAGAAACCCGAAGAGUCUAUGCAUAUGGCAUUUUCUACUUUAAACCAAGUUCAGCCUUGCUGUUUUUCGCGGUAAAGUAAGGAGAAGCGAAGGUGACGAAAGAGGGAAUUUGAGGAGAAAAGGACACUCGGUGAAAGAGAAAGAGAAUCGGACGGGGAAGUUACAGAUGAACAUGACAUGGCAAUGCACUGACAUAGAAUUUGGGAGUCAGACAGACUAAAUUGUAUUUUCGAAGUUAAAAAAGAAAAAAGAGAAAAAAAUGAAAUGCAAGGGGUACACGUGAUGCUAUAUAUUUAUUUUAUUUCCCUGUUAUUAAA